AUGGGAGGGGGUGCGGUGCGCCCCGGGCCCGGGGCUGAGGCCUCCCCUCCUUCCCCUCCCGCUUUGCAGGUGGGCGCGGCGGCCGCCAUGCGGCGCGUGCUGCUCUGGCUGCUGCUCUCCGCGCUGGGCGCGGGCCCGGAGGCGGCGGCGGCGGCGGCCACGGACUUCGCCUGGCGCCCGCAGAGGAUCCCGCGGCUCGUGGUCCUCGCCGGCCCCGCGCGGGACGCCGUGGGCGCGGCGGAGGCCCUGUCCUUCGAGACGGCGUGGGAGAACGGCACGCGCGCGCUGACCCGGGUGGGGAUCCGAGGCCCGCUGCCGCCCGGGCCCCGACCCCGGCCCGCGGGCGCCGCCCGGCCCAAGCGCCAGGUGUUCGGCGCCGACGGCCGCUUCAGCAUCGCCGACCCGCGCUUCGCGGGCGGCUUCCCGUUCAGCGCGGCCGUGCGGCUGUCCACGGGCUGCAGCGGUGUGCUCGUGUCCCCGCGCCACGUGCUCACCGCCGCGCACUGCGUGCACGACGGCCGCGGCUUCGUGCGGGGCGGCCGGGGGCUGCGCGUGGGGCUGCUGAGGGCGGGGCCGGGGCGGCGGGGCGGGGCGCGCAUGCGCGCCGGGCGGGCCGGGGCGACGGCGGCGACGGGGCGCGAAGCCGGGGUGCGCAGGCGCGCGGAGGCCGGGGCGGGCCGCCGGCGGCGCAGGCGCGCGGGGGCGCGAGCCGCCUUCCGAUGGAUCCGCGUGAAGAACACGCACGUGCCGCGGGGCUGGGCCACGGGCGAGGGCCACGAGCCCGGCCUGGACUACGACUACGCGGUGCUGGAGCUGAAGCGCGCGCACGGCCAGCGGCCCAUGGCGCUGGGAGUGAGCCCGGACACGGAGGACACGCCGGGCCGCCGGAUCCACUUCUCGGGGUUCGACGACGACCGGCCGGAGCGCGUGGUGUACCGCUUCUGCCGCGUGGCGCGCGAGUCUCCGGAUCUGCUGUUCCAGCGCUGCGACGCGCGCGCGGGCGCGGGCGGCUCGGGCGUCUACCUGCGGCUCCGCGACCCGGCCACGCGCGCCUGGACGCGCAAGGUGGUGGCGGUGUACGCGGGCCACCAGCGGGAGGCCGGGGCCGGGGCGCCGGGGCCCGGGGCGCCGGGAAGCUACAACGUGGCCGUGCGCAUCACGCCGCUCAAGUACGCGCAGAUCUGCCUCUGGAUCCACGGCAACGACGCCGACUGCGCCCACGGUUAG